AUGAUAAGAAAAGAGCUUUCCAAGGACAGAGUUAGAAACCUAAGUUUCAGCCGAAACAAGGACAACAACAUUGGGAUCACGGUGGGAGAUCUUGCUAGAGCAUGCCCAGGUAAAUCAAAUCCUACAGAGCAGAAAAAGGUAUCGGCCAAGGUAUUUGCUAUCAUAAGAUUAGAUGCCGAGGCAAAUCCAUCAGUUAUAACAGGUAAAUUCUCUAUUUUUGGUAUCCCAUCACUUGUACUAUUUGAUUUUGGAGCUAUGCAUUCAUUUGUUUCCACUGAGUAUGUAAGGAGGUUAGGUAGGACACCUAAUAUUCAAGAGGUUAGUUAUAGUGCAACUAUUCCAUCUGGAGAUGUGCAACAAACCAAUCUGAUUGUAAGAACAUGUGUGAUCCUUAUAGAAAAUCGAGAGCUCUAUGCAGAUUUAAUUGUGUUAGAUAUGAAGGAUUAUGAUAUAAUUUUGGGAUAUUUGGUGAGUGUUAUGGCUAUUGAAGUAGAAUACAAUCCGAAUCUUAGUGAUGUACCCGUGGCACAAGAAUUUCUAGAGGUAUUUCUUGAUGAUUUACUUGGGGUACCACCAGAUCGCGAGAUAGAGUUUGUAAUUGAUUUAAUUCCAGGAACAUCUCCAAUUACCAAGGCUCCAUAUAGAUUGGCCCCAACUGAAUUGAAAGAGUUGAAAUUAUAA